AUGGUCUGCCUUGCGCAAAUGAGGUCGUCAAUCGCUUACACAGGCUGCCAAGGAGCCUCGUCUGCACGACAUGAUCCCCGGAAAUAUUCGCAGAAAAAAUGUCCUGCUGUAGUGACGACGAUGACCGGGAGGAUGGAAGCCGGGCCUUUGAGCUGGUCGUCUGCCAUUCUGAAGAAUGAUGUGACAUGGUUGCUGGUUCGUGGCCUUGUUGUACAAAAAUACCAGGCCAGGAUGGUGAAGCGAGCUGAAAGAAACAACAAUCCCUGGAUGUUACUCACAACCGUUGUGUUUCAAGUUCUGUUGGAGGGAGACUGA